CUGUUCAUUCUCCAGCCUCUCUUUCUCUUUCUCUUUCUCUUUCUCUCUGGGAAAGCACGAUGGCAAUGGCGUUGAAGUAGCAUCUCGAUUCCUCUCUUGUUCUCCAAUCUCCAUUCACUGAAGAACCUUUGAAAUCGAUCUCAAAGAUCCAAGAAGGAAGAUGCACGACCUCUUCGGAUCGGUGCGCAAGUCUCUGGUUUUCCGACCGAGUGCUGAUGGGGUUGGAAUCGGGGAGAAGAUCGGAUCUUGUUUGAGGAAAUCUAGAGUUGGGUUUGGUUUAGGGUUAGGGUUUUCCCCGAAGCUGCCGGCGCCGGUGUCGGAGGAUGAAGGCCCGCCGAUCCGGUGGAGGAAAGGGGAACUCAUUGGCUGCGGCGCCUUUGGGCAAGUGUACAUGGGUAUGAAUCUUGACUCUGGGGAGCUUCUCGCCGUUAAGCAGGUUUUGAUUGGGAGGAGCAGUGCCAAGGAGAGAGCGCAAGCUCAUAUAAGAGAGCUGGAGGAAGAAGUCAAGCUUCUCAAGAAUCUUUCGCAUCCUAAUAUUGUUAGAUAUCUGGGAACUGUUAGGGAGGAAGAAACCUUGAAUAUCCUGCUAGAAUUCGUCCCUGGUGGGUCUAUUUCAUCAUUGCUCGGAAAGUUUGGUUCUUUCCCUGAAUCUGUUAUAAAAAUGUAUUCCAAGCAGCUCCUGCAAGGUUUGGAGUAUCUCCAUCAGAAUGGGAUCAUGCACAGAGAUAUAAAGGGGGCAAACAUUCUAGUUGAUAACAAAGGUUGCAUCAAGCUAGCUGACUUUGGGGCAUCUAAGCAAGUUGCUAAGUUGGCAACUAUGACUGCUGCCAAGUCAAUGAAAGGCACACCUUAUUGGAUGGCACCAGAAGUAAUUCUUCAGACUGGUCAUAGCUUCUCUGCUGACAUAUGGAGUGUUGGCUGCACUAUUAUUGAGAUGGCUACAGGGAAACCUCCAUGGAGCCAGCAAUUCCAGGAGGUCGCUGCACUUUUUCAUAUUGGCACGACCAAGUCGCACCCACCAAUUCCAGAGCAUCUUUCUCCGGAGGCAAAGGAUUUCCUCUUGAAAUGCUUACAGAAGGAGCCGAACUUGAGGCCCAGCCCAUCUGAUUUGCUUAAGCACCCAUUUGUAACUGGAGAGCGUGAGGAUUCUCAUACAGUCAAUCACUCCACUGUUAUGGAGCCACCAAAAAAUCCAUUCUCAUUCAGAUCAUACACAAAAAGCAUUUUUAAUUCAAUGACUAGCUAUGGAAAUGCUGAUCACAUUCGCGGCAGCUGCUCAAUGAUGAUCCCCAGCAAGAAUUUAGGAGCAAAACCUCUAUGGGAUGUGCGUGCUAGUGAUGAUAUGUGUCAACUUGGUGGCAUGGAUGAUUUCCCAAAGGCUGAUUCAAGUUUUAAUCCCAUGUCUGAACCAUUUGAUGAUUGGGGUUGCAAGUUUGAUUUGAGCCAAGAGCAAAGAAGAAUGGACUCAGAAGACUUCAGUGGCUUAGCUAUUGAUUCCACAGAUGGAACAGGCAACAAAGACUUCACGGUUCCUUGUGAAGCAGCGGGUGAGGAUGAUGAUGAAGUUACAGAGACAAAAAUUCGAGCAUUUCUUGAUGAGAAGGCCCUUGAUUUGAAGAAAUUACAGACACCACUAUAUGAAGAGUUCUUCAAUUCCUUGAAUUCAAAUGAACCUGUUGGAAGUACAAGUGAGGAAAAUUGUACAAACAACACAAAACUUCCUCCCAAGAGCACAAAAUCUCCCAGCCGGGUUACAACUGAUGCAUCAGCCACAAUUGAGAAUCCUGCGUCUAUCAUUAACCCAGGUAAUACCAUUGCAAGAUUCACAAGGAGCAGAAGCGGGAUUUGCCGAAUCCUAAAAGAAAUACCUUUUCAAGAGGCCCAGAAAGAAUCCAAUUGUGUGAGCUCAAGCUUUUUAGACAGACGACAAAAGUGGAAGGAAGAGCUGGAUCAAGAGCUUGAGAUGAUGCGCCAGGCCGGUGUUGUUGCCAGGACAUCUCCAAAAGACAAAACUCUUAACAGGAAGCGCGACCGAUCACGAUUUGCAUUCCCGGCCAAAUGAAUGUGUACAGGCAUUGAACUUCUCAUGGUCUUUUCUUUGCUGGAAUGAUUUGUUUUCCAUCAAGAUGGUGAACCUGAAGAAUGCAUUUCACUUAAAAAAAAUCUGCCAGUUUCGCAUCAUCGGUCACACCCUGCGGAAGCAAUGGAAAAGAUAUGUAUUGGCAUUCAAUUGCCAAUUUCAUCAACUCUUGUAUUAUAGGGUGAUAUUUAUGAUUAAUUGUUAUUCCCUGGCAAUUCUGUAACAUAAGAAGGUCAGGGAUAAAGUUUGAGUUUUGUCAUGUAUUAUAAUGUCAGCCAUGACCAUAACCAUAAGUUGAUGAUCAACUGAAAUAUGUACCAGAACUUAAGUUAUUUGAUAAAGCUCUGGUAUUUUAGUUGCGGACCUCAA